ACAUGGGCGUCGGAUCCUCGAGUCAUCGCUGGGAUGGCAGCACUAUGUCCUCGCAGAAGGGCAAGGUCGCUAUCGUGACAGGUGCCAACUCCGGAAUCGGCUUCGAAGCUGCUAAGGCAUUGGCGUUGCAUGGAGCUCACGUGGUGCUCGCUUGUCGGAGCGAAGUCCGAGGUCGCCAAGCUGAGGAAUCGAUCCGUACAACUCUACAUAAAGAGGUCGGUGAUGACGUCGGUGAAGUGGAGUUCAUGCUAUUGGACUUGGCCGAAGUCGACAGCAUCCGCGAGUUUGCAAGAGCAUUUCGAGACAAGUUCGACCGUCUCGAUCUGCUCAUCAACAACGCCGGAGUUGCCUGUCCGCCGGUGCGACAUAAUUCCAAAGGCUUGGAAUGCACUUUUGCCAUUAACCAUCUCGGGCACUUCUACUUGACGAGCUUGUUGUGGGAUCUGCUACGUCGAACUAAGAGCCAAGCUAGAGUGGUGAACGUCUCGAGUGGACUGCACCAUGCUGCCAAGUUGGACUUCGCCUUGAUGGGACACACACCAGGCAACAGCAUGAGUGACUACGCCGAGUCCAAGAUGGCCAACGUGCUGUUUACGUACGAGCUGCAGCGUCGACUACAACGUGCUGGUAUUGAUAAUGUCUUGUCGGUGGUGGUGCACCCUGGAAUUUGCCACACGGAGAUCUGGAACAAGUAUAUUCGCACCAAGUUCGCGAGGUGGCCAUUUCUGCAGUGGCUGGCAAUGUGGGCUGUGUGGCUGCUGCCCUUCCUGCCUCAGAAGAUCGGUGCACUUCCAACGUUGUACGCAGCGACGGUGGAUAGCGUGCUCGGCGCCGAAAUGUACGCACCCGACGGGUUAAUGACUUUGAGGGGCUACCCAGCGCUGAAUACGUCGCACCCUGCCAGCCACUCGCGUGACAACGCCAAUAAGCUCUGGUCGCUUGCUAUUCCUGUCAAACCUAGUAUUCUCUCCACUUUCUUGGGAUCUCCUUCGUCAACUUUCCUACAAUUAUCCCUAGAGAAGUCCUGA